UGGAUUGGAUGGGGUUUCUGGACUAACCUGUGGAUACAUGAGCCUAAACGCAUAAUGCCUUAUUUCAUACAGUCUCUGUUUUUCCUUCUCUGCCUGAUCAUUGUCGUUGAAUGCCGAAAACAUGGAACUAGAGAGAGAAGGUGGACGGGACCAGUGGAGACUCAGAAACAUGGCACUUCACUGACUAAGAAGCCACCUGAUGUCACCAAAUCCAGGAAGAUGAAGACGGAGCAGAUUCUGCGCGUGGAUGACCAUGACUUCACCAUGAGGCCAGCGUUUGGAGGCCCUGCUGUUCCCGUCGGUGUGGAUGUGCAGGUGGAGAGUUUGGACAGUAUUUCAGAAGUAGAUAUGGACUUCACCAUGACACUGUACCUGAGACACUACUGGAAGGACGAGCGGUUGUCCUUCACCAGCUCCACCAACAAAAGCAUGACCUUCGACGGGCGCCUGGUGAAGAAGAUCUGGGUGCCCGACGUCUUCUUCGUCCACUCCAAGAGGUCCUUCAUCCACGACACGACCACUGACAACAUCAUGCUACGUGUGUUCCCUGAUGGUCAUGUCCUCUACAGCCUCAGAGUCACGGUCACGGCAGCCUGUAACAUGGACUUCAGCCGCUUCCCUCUGGACUCACAGACCUGCUCGCUUGAGCUGGAGAGCUACGCCUACACGGAUGAGGACUUAAUGCUGUACUGGAAGAACGGGGACGAGUCUCUGAGCACGGACGAGAGGAUUUCCCUCUCUCAGUUCCUCAUUCAGAAGUUCCACACCACCUCCAGGCUGGCUUUCUACAGUAGCACAGGCUGGUACAACCGCUUGUUCAUCAAUUUCACUCUGCGGAGGCACAUCUUCUUCUUCCUGCUGCAGACCUACUUCCCCGCCACGCUGAUGGUCAUGCUGUCCUGGGUGUCCUUCUGGAUCGACCGCAGGGCCGUGCCCGCCAGAGUCUCAUUAGGUAUCACCACUGUGCUCACAAUGUCCACCAUCAUUACCGGAGUCAACGCCUCCAUGCCUCGCGUGUCCUACAUCAAAGCGGUGGACAUCUACCUGUGGGUCAGUUUUGUGUUUGUGUUCCUAUCGGUGCUGGAGUACGCCGCCGUCAACUACCUGACCACGGUGCAGGAGCGGCGGGACCGGAAGCUCCGAGAGCGGAUGAGAGAACAGUCGCUGCCCUGCACCUGUGGCAUGUCCCACACGGGCACCAUGAUGGGCGACGGCACGUACAGCGAGGCGGACACCAACAGCCUGGCGGGCUACACCGAGGCGCCCAUCAUGCACGCGGAGGAGCGGGAGAAGCAGGAGCACAUGGUGGUGCACCUGUCGGUCAGCAGCGAGUCCACCGCCACCAAGAAGAAGGGCGGCCUGCGGGGCCUGCGCAUCAUCCAGAACACGCACGCCAUCGACACCUACUCCCGGGUCAUCUUCCCCGGGGCCUACAUCAUCUUCAACCUCAUCUACUGGUCCGUCUACUGUUGAUCGGACCAGAAGGGGACUUUUAGCCGUACAGGCUCAGGCCUUGAGGGGGGGUUACGCUAACCCCUUAAGGAACUGCGGAAAUAAUAAAAAAGAAAAAGAAAAUGCGUCCU